AUGUCCGCAGCCCCCCGUUCCCCCUCUCCCUCCUCUUCCUCCUCUCCAGAGCGGGCUGGCCCUGCUCAGUCUGCCAGUGGUGCCCUCCGCUGCGCAGACCGUCUCUGUUCGACGGGGAUGGAGAUGAGUGCGGGCCAGUCCCGCAAGGUGAUCUCGGACUUCUUCGGCCGCAACAAGAAGAUGACGAGCACGAAGGAGGUGAAAGACCCUCAAAAGGGCAUCCCGGCGGCCGUCUGGCACUUGAUGUGCCGCAAAUCCUACCAGCGGGCCAAGUAUUUGGCGGACAAGAGUGCGCUGGCGCACUGCCAUUUCUACCUCGACAACCUCACCAACCAGUUGGUGAGGAUCCAGCUCUGGAGACCGGAGGCGACGUUCCAGGUGCAGCUGCAAGCUGCCGCCAAGAAGCGGCUUGACGACUACCACACCACUCUCCGCCGCAACGGGAACGACCAAGCUGCCGCGCAGGCCUCCGCCACCAUAGCGGAGAAGACCAACAAGAAAGGCAAGCCGGUCCCUCUCACCAACGUCCAGGCUGUCAAGAUGAACCACGCCGAGCACAUCGACGCCCACUUCGCUGGCGAUGGCAAGACCAUCAAAUUCCUCCUCGACGACUUUCUCCCAUGGAUCUCGCAGCAAGUCGAGAGCGGCGACAUGACCCACCUGCCUCCUGUCGAGUUCCUCAUCAACGACCAAGUCCCAGGCGAAACCGUCAACGACCCGGCCAACAACUACGACCGCUGGUGCAGCUACACCGACAACGCUGACGAGGAACCCAAUGAUGUGGCCGAGAAUACUGCCGCCAACAUCAGCGCGUCGUCGUCCAAGAAGCGCAAGCUCGAUGCCAAAGAUGGCGCCGAAGAGUCCUCACCAACUCCAGCCAAGAAAGCCAAGGUCGUCCUCAAAGUCACCCGCAAGCAGCCUUCGCCCAAGAUCACCAUCAACCCGCGCAAGUACUCCGCUGUCCUCACCAACUCUUCUCCUGAGCAAACCGCCGACUUCUCCACCCCAUCAAAGAAGCGUACGGUAUCCGCCAAAACCCCGUCGCCAACCAUCACCAUCAACCCGCGCAAGUACUCUGCUAUCUCCACCAACUCUUCUCCCGAGCAAGCCAGCGACUUCUCCACCCCAUUAAAGAAGCGCAAGGUAUCUGCCAAGAAUCCGUCGCCAACCAUCACCAUCAACCCGCGCAAGUACUCUGCUGUCGCCUCCAACACUUCCUCCGAGCCAGCCGCCGAUCUUUCUACUCCAUCAAAGAAGCGCGAGGUAUCUGCCAAGACCCCGUCGCCAACGAUCACCAUCAACCCGCGCAAGUACUUUGCUACCUUCUUCAACACUUCCUCCGAGCCAGCCGCCGAUCUUUCUACUCUAUCCAAGAAGCGCAAGGCCGACUCUGACGACAUGGACCUUCUCAAUCCACCCAAGAAGCGCGCCCAGCGCGAGAGUACCUUGCCGGUCUCAAUGCAGCGUGCAGAAGCUGUCAGCGCCUUGCCACUCUACAUUCCUCCACCACCGAUCGUGCGAGAGCCGCGAUUCAACACACCAGAGCUGCCACUGUACAUUCCUCCACCACCGAUCGCGCGAGAGCCGCAAAUCGUCACACCAGAGCAGCCAAAGGCUAGAAGCUCCACCGAGUCGUCGCCAAAGCAGCAGACCAACAGCGCCAACAAGCCACCCAUCAUGGCACGCGGCAUGGUAUUCGCCAGCGCCAAGACGUACGACUACGAUUCCGAUGACUACGAGUCUGAUGAUUACGAAACCGAUGACGAGUAA